AUGGCUAUUGGACGUGGCGGCUACAACACCCCCGCAGGCACUGUUCCCCAAAAAGGUCGCGGCGGGUACAACAAGCAGGGCCGUGGUGGCUACAACCGAACUCCCGUCGUGCAGGGUCGCGGCGGAUACAAUCGACAAGCAGCAGUUGCCAUCCAAGGUCGUGGUGGAUACAACUAA